AUGGAAAAUUUUCAUUUCUUCUCGCAAAGGGUCGGUGUGUUCGCGACAUUGACGAAUUCAUACGCAUUGGUGGCGAUCGGCUCGUCAGAGAACUUUUACAGCAUUUUCGAAGCAGAGUUGCAAGAUGUCAUCCCGAUAUGUCAUGCUACCAUCGCCGGUACGAGGAUUGUUGGACGGUUAACAGCUGGCAUCGCCGACGUCCUCGGCGUCGAAGUCUUCCGCCAAACCAUCGCCGACAACGUCCUCACAGGCUCCUACAUGUCCCUCUCCAACCAAGGCGGCCUCGUCCACCCAAAAACCUCCAUCCAAGACCAAGACGAGCUCUCUUCGCUGCUGCAAGUGCCACUCGUUGCGGGCAGCGUGAACCGCGGCUCCCCCGUCGUUGGUGCCGGGAUGGUCGUCAACGACUGGCUGGCCGUGACGGGCCUGGAUACGACGGCGACGGAGCUGAGCGUUGUGGAGAGUGUGUUUAAGUUGGGCGAAGGGGCGGCGCCCGGGGGUGGCGGGAAGAGUUCACUGGGGGCGUUUGGGAAUACGCAUAAAGAGAGUUUGGUGGAGAGUUUUUAUUGA